AUGAAAUUUUUUGUCAAUAUUAUUAUCAUAAUUAGUCUACUUUUUGCAUCAAUUAUAUGUGCAGAUGUUUGCAUUAAUGAACAAUGUACAUGUUCAAAAGAUCACACCGAAGUACAUUGUGAUUCAAAACAUUGGACAAAUUUAAAUGCUGUUGAAUUUCCUUCACAUGUUCGUGUAUUAACACUUGUUGAUAAUAAGUUAACAUUCGAGACAACGGAUGAUAUUUCAAAAAUUGAAAAUUUAACACGUUUAAUAGAAUUAAAUCUUAAUCAAAAUCCAUUGGCAACAAUACCACCAUUUAAUGAUUCAAAAAUUCGAUCACUUUCAUUACAAGAUACAUCCUUACGAUCAGCUGAAUUUCCUUCAUCUUAUUUGAAUUCAUUUUUAGAAACUUUAUCACUUAGUAGUAAUGAAAUUCAUUCAAUCAAUGAAAAUGAUUUUGUUAAUUUAAAAAAUUCUAAAAUAAAAAGAUUACAUAUGGAUCGUGCAAGUCUUUCAGUAAUUCAUCAAAAUGCAUUUAUUCCAUUAAUUCACCUUCAAUCAUUAUCAUUAAAGUAUAAUCAAUUAAAAUCAUGUGAAUUUUUAUCAACAUUUCGUUUACUAUCAUCUAUUAAACUUGAUGGAAAUCAAUUUACUUCACUUCCACAAGAAUUAUCAAUACCAAAAAAUAUUAAAAAUUUCUUUUUUACACAAAAUUUAAUAUCAGUUAUUGAUGAAUCAUCACCAUUGCGUACAUGGCUUGAAAUGAAAUAUGCAAAUAUUAAAAUUUAUUUAGCGAAUAAUUCAUUUGAUUGUUGUCAAUCAUUAUGGUUUAUUCGUUUUUUAAAUACGUCUUCUCAUUUUGUUGGUGAUGCUUCAUUAUUAACGUGUGCAACACCAUUAAUUUAUGCAGGAAUACAAUUGAUUAAACUUAAUCCUGAUGAAAUGAAUUGUAGUGGAGUUUUACCAGAUGGAACAUGGUGGACAACUGGUCGAAUUAUUGCUGUGAUCAUUGGAGGAUCAGUUAGUAUUUUAGCUUUGAUUAUCAUUAUUAUUAUUAUAAUUAUUACAACUCGUCGUCGACGAUUACGUUCAGGUUAUACAGAAAUCGGUGGAAUAAAUGAUGCAUUACCGAAUGCUCCAUUAUUAUCUUCUAAUGAACUUCCAUUUCCACCACAUGGUGAAGAUGACGAUUCUGUUUCAACAUAUUCUACUGCUCCUACAAGACAUACAGUUGGAACAAAUAUAACAUCAGUUGCUACGGCUGGUGGAAUUACAGCAACUGAUGAAAUUUAA